AACCCCCGUCCGCCAACCCGUCUGGUUAUCUUUCCCUCCCUCACUCUCUCGCUCGUGCGCUUGCUUGCUUUGCUCUGCUCCUCCUCUGCUCACUGCUACUCCUUCGGUUCUUGCACCUCCUCUCUUAUAUCCCAGCAAUGCCUAGCUAGUAGCUAGCCACUACCUGCUAGUACUACCUCAGCACAGCUUCUGCUCUCCUUCCCUACUGCCCAAUUGCUUCGGAAAUUGAGUUUCCCAUUUCGCUUUUCGGGACCGCCAGCGCUUCCUUGCCGGUACAAUACUGUGAAGAGUAGCCAAGUACUAGUUCAUUGGUGAGGGCAUCUUGUGCUGAGCCUGCUGGCCGUUUGGCGCGCGCAUGGCGCCCAAGAGCAAGCGUGGGAAGGCCAAGGGUGAGAAGAAGAAAAAAGACGAGAAAGUUCUCCCUGUGGCCAUUGACAUCACCGUGAACCUCCCGGACCAGUCUGAUGUCGUUCUCAAGGGGAUUUCCACGGACAGGAUCAUCGAUGUGAGGAGGCUGCUUUGCGUCAACACUGCCACGUGUGCGAUCACUAACUAUUCCCUCUCGCAUGAGAUUCGUGAAGGUCCCUUGAAGGAUGGUGCUGAUAUUGCCACAUUGAAGCCUUAUACCCUCACCCUGGUAGAAGGGGAAUACGAUGAGGAUAGCGCGGUGGCGCACGUGCGGCGGCUGCUGGAUAUUGUUGCAUGCACUGCCUCGUUCGGCCCUCCUCCUCCGCCGCCGCCCCCGCCAUCCCCAAAGGAAGUCGAUGUCGCCAAAGAGCCCUCCAAUUCCAGCUCCAAGGCCGCCGCCGGGCGCCGCACGGGCUCGCCGCCGCCUCUGCCCAGGGAGUCAGCCACGAAGGACGCCGAGGCGGCAGCAGUGGCAGCUAAGGAGGCCGCCGUCUCGGCGGAACUGGAGGCGGAGAUGAGCGGUGCGUGCCCCCGCCUCGGGGCCUUCUACGAGUUCUUCUCCCUCGCCAACCUCACACCGCCUCUCCACUUUAUAAAGCGAGUGACACAAACUCGACAGGAGGAGCAACCGUCUGAUGAUCAUCUGUUUUUCCUUGAGGCUAAGCUUUGUAAUGGGAAAUUUGUCAUUGUUGAAGCUCGGAGAAAGGGGUUCUUCAGUUUUGGGAAACAGCGUGUUUUGUGUCACAAUCUUGUCGAUCUAUUGAGGCAUCUCAGCAGAGCAUUCGAUAAUGCAUAUGAGGAUCUUAUGAAGGCAUUUUUGGAACGAAACAAGUUUGGAAAUUUUCCUUAUGGAUAUCGUGCAAAUACAUGGCUUGUUCCUCCGAUUGCUGCCCAAUCACCAUCAACAUUUCCUCCCCUUCCUGCUGAGGAUGGAACUUGGGGAGGCAGUGGAGGUGGUUGGGGUAGGGAUGGCAAAAGUGACAUGUUGCCAUGGGCAGAUGAGUUCCUGUACCUCACCUCCAUGCCUUGCAAUACUGCUGAGGAGAGGGAAAUUCGUGACAGGAGAGCGUUCUUACUUCACAGCCUAUUCGUAGAUGUUGCCAUCUUUAGAGCUAUUGCAGCCAUACGGCAUGCAAUGGAGAGUACAGAUGUCUCAACAUCAACCAAGAUAGAUGAGGUUUUGUAUUCUGAGACGGUGGGGAAUUUUAGCAUCACUGUCACAAGAGAUUCUUCAGAUGCAAGCUGCAAGUUGGACACUAAGAUAGAUGGAAGCCGAGCCACAGGAAUGCGCUCUAAGCAUCUUGCAGAGAGGAACCUUUUGAAAGGAAUAACUGCAGAUGAAAACACAGCUGCACAUGAUGUCGACAGUUUGGGCGUUGUCAAUCUUAGAUACUGUGGGUAUGUUGCUAUAGCAAAGGUUAACAAUAUCGAGAAAACCAAUGCGAAUUCGUCUAUUAAGCCUGUUGAUAUCACAGAUCAACCUGAAGGGGGUGCCCAUGCAUUGAACAUUAACAGUUUGAGGGUGCUCCUAAAUGAAGCCAAUUCAACCGGAGAAAAAAAAAUAUCAACACAAAGUCAUAGGCAGGAAGAACUAACUGCAGCACGAAAUUUUGCUGAGAAUUUGUUGAAAGAAAGUCUUCAAAAGCUUGAGGAAGAGGAAACUGAUAAACAAUCAUUUAUGAGAUGGGAGCUUGGUGCCUGUUGGGUUCAGCAUUUGCAGGAUCAGAAAAAUGCUGAUAAGGACAAAAAACAAAGUGGCGAGAAGGAAAAGAAGAAAUUGGUAGACAAAACUGUGAAAGAGACAAAAAUUGAAGGGCUUGGGAAGCCCCUCAAAGCUCUCAAGAACUCAAAAAAUGUGGUGGAUGCUACUGAUAAGGGAUCCUCAUCGUGGGAUAAAAGUGUGUCUGAUGGAACAAGCUCUGCGGAAAGCCAGAAAGUCAAGCCAUCAUCUGUUGAGUUGCCUCAAGGAGACUGCGUCUCCUCUGAGACCGAAAGCUUACUGAAGGAUGUAUUAUCUGAUUCAGCCUUUACAAGGUUGAAAGAUUCAGAAACAGGACUUCACAUGAAGUCACCACCUGAGUUGAUUGAGAUGGCUCUGAAGUACUACGAUGAAGUUGCUCUUCCUAAGCUGGUUGCGGAUUUUGGUUCGUUGGAACUAUCACCUGUUGAUGGUAGGACCUUGACAGAUUUCAUGCAUACUAGAGGCCUACAGAUGCGCUCCCUAGGACGAGUUGUCAAACUUUCCGAGAAGCUUUCACAUGUACAAUCCCUUUGUGUGCAUGAAAUGAUAGUGAGAGCAUUCAAGCAUAUUGUCCGAUCUGUGAUUGCUGCUAUUUCAGACAUACGGCAAUUAGCAUUAACAAUAGCUGCAACGCUGAACUUACUUCUUGGUGUUCCUGAAUGUGAAUUGUCUGGAAGUUCUCCUGCUAUGCAUCCCUUAGUGUGGAGAUGGCUUGUGGCUUUCUUGAAAAAGCGGUACCAAUUUGAGCUCACGGAACAACAUUAUGAUGAUCUGAGGAAAUACGCUGUCCUGAGAGGACUAUGCCAUAAGGUGGGCAUCGAAUUGGCACCCCGAGAUUUCGCCAUGGAUUCGGCUUUCCCAUUUUACAAGCAGGACAUUAUUAGCCUGGUGCCAGUACAUAAGCAAGUCGCCUGCUCAUCUGCAGAUGGAAGGCAGCUCCUAGAAUCCUCUAAAACGGCUCUUGACAAGGGAAAACUUGAAGAUGCUGUUAAUUAUGGGACCAAGGCUCUUGCUAAGCUCAUAAUGGUGUGUGGUCCCUAUCACCGAAUGACAGCUGGAGCUUAUAGCCUUCUAGCUGUUGUUUUGUACCACACUGGUGAUUUUAAUCAGGCUACUAUAUAUCAGCAAAAGGCCCUAGACAUCAAUGAGAGGGAACUUGGGCUUGAUCACCCUGAUACGAUGAAGAGUUAUGGAGACCUUGCUGUUUUCUACUAUCGUUUACAACAUACAGAAUUGGCUUUGAAAUAUUUCAGCCAAUCCACAAACGUAUGUAGUACUCGCUCCUUUUCACAGAGGUAUGUCAAGCGUGCGUUAUAUCUUCUACAUCUUACAUGCGGGCCAUCUCAUCCAAAUACAGCUGCUACAUAUAUUAAUGUUGCCAUGAUGGAAGAAGGCUUGGGCAAUGUGCAUGUAGCUCUCAGGUACCUGCACAAAGCUUUGAAAUGCAACCAGAGAUUACUUGGUCCUGAUCAUAUCCAGACUGCUGCAAGCUACCAUGCUAUAGCCAUCGCUCUCUCCUUGAUGGAAGCUUAUUCCUUGAGUGUCCAGCAUGAGCAGACAACUUUGCAAAUCCUUCGUGCCAAGCUUGGACCAGAUGAUCUUCGGACUCAGGAUGCUGCUGCAUGGCUUGAAUACUUUGAAUCAAAAGUAAUUGAGCAGCAAGAAGCUGCCCGCAAUGGAACUCGGAAACCUGAUGCAUCAAUAGCCAGUAAAGGGCACCUAAGUGUAUCUGAUCUUCUUGAUUACAUAAAUCCGAACCAAGAGAACAAAGGAAGAGAUUCUGAAUCAGGCAAAAGGAGGUACUCAAGCAUAAAGGUGUUAUCACAUUCGAGCGAGAAUUCGAAUGUAGCAAGUCCUGAUGUAUCUCCAAGAGAUUCUACGAUUGCAAUUAUGGAUGAGGAAAAGCAUAUGAAAGAUGCGCUGCUGGAUGAUGGUGCUAAUGUCAUGGAUAUUCCUGAAACUGAGGUUAAAGAGAGUCCUAUAUCCAUAGAGGUUUCACCACCUUCUGAACAGCUGGUAGAGAGAGGUAAGGUGAACAUGAAUUCACCUGAGGAGGUUUUUGAAGACAAAAUAGUAGAACAGGAUGAUGGUUGGCAGCCUGUUCAAAGACCUAAAUCAGCUGGAGUUUCAGGAAAGCAGAUAAAGUAUUAUCGUCCCGCCAUCAGAAAGGUGUAUGACCCUGAGAAUCAUACUCCAACAGAUGCUUUCCAAUAUAAGGCAAGGAAUUCCUAUUCAAAUAACCGCUACUACUUCUUAAAGAAGAGAACUGUUGUACCUGCAGCAUACACAGAUCCGCAGCAGCAUAUGAAAGUUCAGACAUCAAGUGCGAGGUUUGGUCGUAAGAUAUACAAGGCUGUGACCUACCGGAUAAAGCCAGGAACUGCAUCCACAGAAGCACAAGAUACUUCUAGGAGCACAGAGCACAUUAGCGGCAAAGACGAAUUCAAGAUAGCAUAUUCACAAGUACAGAAGGAUUCAGUAGAUCAGAAAGCAUGUGAGCCACAUGGAACUCUGGUUACAAGUACUGGAAAUCCACCAUCAUACAAAGAUGUUGCAUUGGCACGUCCAGGUACAAUAGCCAAGACUCAGAUACAAAAACCUAGGGAUGAUGUACUCCAACCAUCACUGGGUCAAAUUAUCGCACAAGAAAUGAAGGAUUCCUUAGUAGAUGCAGUUCAAGUGGAACAGAGAUCUGUGUCUGCAAAGACCAGUAAGUCAAAAGAAGAAACCAAUAUACCAGAGGAAAUGCAGCAUUCAGAACAAAGAAAAGAGUCACAGAUGGAACAUGAGAUUGACAAUACUUGCAAAGAUACUUUACCAGAUAAAUUAAUAUCAAAUAUGGAGAAAACAUCUAGCACUGACCCUGCAGAUAGUGAAACGGAAAUGGCCGUGCUCAGUAACAAGGGACAAGAACCAACAAGUUGUGGCAAUGGUGGUGCAGCCACUGAGGUCCCAGAUUUCACUGUACCUAACAGUGUGAAGUCUGACAUAGAAUUUCUUGAAGAAGCUCUACCCACUAGUAUUGAACCCAUUACAGUUUCAGCCCCUACGACAAGUAUGCAGGAAGGCCAUGGAGAUGUUGGAAGUGAGAAGUCAAAGCCUGACUUGGUGUUAAGUAAUAUCGAUUUGAGAGAGGUCUCUAAUAAGAAGCUUUCAGCUGCUGCACCUCCAUUUAAUCCGUCUCCUCCAGCUAUUCUUAGCCCACUUGCUGUAAGUGUGGGUCUCCCACCACCAGGUGCCAUGCCAGGUGUUGGGCCUUGGCCAAUGAACGUGUCCAUGCAUCCUGGACAUUCAAAUAUGGUGCCAAAUGGUCCUCCGUUGUGCACAUCCCCUCAUCAUUUAUACCCUCCUGCUCCUCGGUCUCCUAAUCUCUUGCAUCCUGUUCCAUUUCUUUAUCCACCAUAUAGUCAACCACAGAUGGUUCCAAGCAGCACAUUUCCCAUGAACACUACUAUUUUUCGCCCUAACCAUUAUGGGUGGCAACCAUAUAUGAGCCCAGCUGCUUCUGAGUUUGUGCCAGGAACAGCAUGGUCAAGCAGCCAUCCAGUCACUUACACCCCCAGCACACAUGUUGCUGACACUAUUUCUCAGUCUCUAGCAGAUACACAUGUUCUAUCUGAUGCAGCUGUUGUUAGUAUAGGACCUUCUCUGGACAGCAAAAUGGUUCCAGUAAAGGAGGAAACAGAAGUUCCUGUGGUGUUAGGGACCGGCAAUUUGAUGGGCAACAAAAAUCUGGGAGAGGAACAGUUAAAGGGUGCAGUUAAAACUGAACUUAAUUCUGACAUGCCUGGAGACACACCAGAUAUUGGUGGAGCAAAUCGCACAAUUAACAUGAAGAAUGAAGAUGAAGGUAGUUUAAGGAUAUAUGUAAAGGGGAAAAGCAGGCGAAAACAAACUCUCAGGAUCCCUAUAAGUUUGCUUAACAAGACAUAUAGCUCACGUUCUUUCAAGCUUGACUACAACAGAGUAGUCAGAGAGAACGACACCUUCAGGCCAUCAAGUAUCUCCUUUGCUGAAGUGGUUUCUUCUGGCAACUAGGCAAAGAAUAUUCCACCAAAGAGGGGAAUAUAUUAACCUAUGACAUUUGUAUCUGAAAGAAAAUUUCAAUGGAUCUCCAACUGAAAGAUACUGAAAUGGUGGAAUUCUUAUUUGUCCGAGCAUUUGGAAGGCAGCAAUAAUGCUCCUUCACUGUUCCAGAUCUGAAAUUCACUAAUCCAAGCUACUCUGAAAGGAUAAAUGCCUUUUUUUUUCAUUCCAAAUAAGGUGUCGACAAUUCUGUGUAGAGUCUAGGAGAUUUGCAGAAAGUUUUGUGAGAUCCGGAACUAAUGGAAGAUGGAAGUUUCAGCAACAAUACAUGGCAGACGACAUAUUUUUUUCUUCAAUUUUGAUAGACUAAGAAUAUUCUCCUCAGACUUUUGAGCUAAAUUUUGGGCGUAUGGAACUUAGAAUUUAGAGAUUGUGUUUUUUGCAUGCUCCCUGCAUCUAUAAUAAUCUCACAGUUUUUUUUGUGUGAGAAACUAAUGUUAUUCUUUGAUGAGAAUAAUAAUAUUCCCAUUCUGUGAAA